GACGAACCCUAUCCACACAGUGAACCUCGCAAUCAAUUCAUGAACAGCAUGGAUUUCGAUACUCUCCAGCAGAUCUAUGGACCGGGGAUGUCCUUUUAUCUUUCCGACUUGCAGUCCAAAUCCACAGAGUCGUCUUCCAUUACGGGGGCGACAAUAUCUACGCCUUCUACCGUUCCCACUGAUUCCACGACUUCUGCAGCCUCCACAAUAUACACCCCUUCCACAACAUCACUUUCGAACUACUCUGCUUCUCUCGCAGCCCUUCAAACUAGCAACGAAGAUCUAGAAAACAAAGUAUCCAAACUCUGUUCCACUACAUCCGGGCUGAACCGCGACCUUCUCAAACUCCGUCGACAUGUUGACUCCUUUCACCAUGAAUGCCUUUCAACGUGGCAGGCUGAUGUCCUAACCCGACUCAUUGAAGUGGUUUAUCUGAAGCAGCGCCGCAAGUUGCCAUGGGGAGUUGUCGUUGGGGAGCACGAGGCCCAGGGCUGGGAUGUUGUCUCUCGUGCAUACGUGACUGCUGCGAACAGAAUCAGUAGGAAGGUGCUCGAGCAGAAGCUGGGUCUAGGAGCCAAAUACCAUGAGGCGUUAAAGAAGUAUAGCGAGAUUGUCGAGUUUCGCAGCUCAAAUCCUUAUCGAAGCGAGAAGCCCUUCGCCCAGUUCCUGGUAUCGGGGAAAGAAAACAAUACCAAUUUAUAUGCAUUCUGG